AUGGCGCCGAUCGCAGUAUCCCCAAGAUCAGCACCGGCAGUGCCCAGCAAGCCAGUCGACGCAAGCACCGCGAGGAAAAAUGCAAGAAAAGUCAAGUUCGCAUCGUUCGAUGUGACUGACCAAGUCUUUUACCGAUCAGCAGAUGGCUCUUGCUCUGCGAUUGUCAACCUCAAGCCCAUUGUACCUGGACACGUGCUCGUCAUCCCAACAACACCAUAUCACAGGCUGUUUGAAAUUCCGACAGACAACAUCGCAACACUAUUCCAGAGCGUUCAGGAGAUCUCAAGAGGACUCGAGAAGGUGUUCAAUGCCGACGCUCUGACUGUCAGCAUUCAGGAUGGCGAAGCUGCUGGUCAGACUGUUCUCCACCUCCAUAUUCACAUACUGCCCCGCAAGAAGGGCGACAUUGAGCCGAAUGACUUGAUCUACGAGCAUCUGGAGCAAUGGGGCUUUGAUAUCCAGAAGCUCCUCAACAAGGAUACUGUCCACAAGGUCGACGCUGAUGAAGACAGGAAGCCGAGGUCGAGGGCAGAGAUGCAUAAGGAAGCUGCUUUCCUCAGCUCCUUCUUCACCAUUCAAGGCAAGUUCGAUGCCAGCAAGAUCGAAGCAUUCCACUCGGCACUAGCUAAGCGAGCCUCAGAAACCCAGCCAUCCGUUACACAGAAACGCUCUCGAGUUGACCGCCUUCCAGUGACACUACUGAGCGGCUUCCUCGGCGCAGGCAAGACAACUCUUCUCGAACACAUCCUCACGUCAAAGGAUCACGGCCUCCGUGUCGCCGUCGUUGUCAACGACAUGGGCGCACUCAAUAUUGACGCCUCUCUUCUCUCCAACCACCGCGUCACUCAAGCAGAAGAAAAGGUCGUUCAGAUGCAGAAUGGCUGCAUCUGCUGCACGCUGCGCGGUGACCUGCUCGAAGAAGUAGCCACACUCGCGUCUAAUCACGAGAUCGACUACCUCCUUAUCGAAAGCACCGGUAUCUCAGAGCCAAUGCAGGUGGCUGAAACAUUUUCGGGAGAGUUUGCAGACAUGUACACGGAAACGGCACAGGAUCUCGAAGAUGAGAUUAGCGCCGAAGCGCAGAAGAAAGAAGAGCACGAGAAAGUCGCUGCUAUCCUUAAACAGGGCGGACUGCCUGCUGUUGCCCGCCUCGAUACUUGUGUUACUGUUGUCGACGCAGUCAACCUUUUCAACGACUACAACACCACCGACUUCCUCGUUGACAGGCAUAAGGAUGAUCACGAUGUGCCGGAAGAAGAUGAUCGCAACAUCAGCGACUUGCAAACGGAUCAGCUCGAGUUUGCAAACGUCAUUUUGAUCAACAAGUGCGAUCUCGUACCGCAAGCUGAAGUAGACCGAAUCAAGUCCUUCAUCCGAUUGCUGAACCCAGAUGCCAAGAUCAUUCCAACUACCCGUAGUCGCGUCGACCUCAAGGAGAUCUUGAACACCAACUUGUUCAGCUACGAAAAGGCUGCACUGGGUGCAGGAUGGCUGAAGAGCUUGAACGAAGAGAUCAAGCCCGAGACGGAAGAGUACGGCAUCGGCAGUUUCGUGUAUAGAGCAAGGAGGCCGUUCCACACCUCAAGACUCUGGCAGACGAUCAGGGAGGUCUUUGUUGUCAUCCAGAGCGAGUUCGUCGACGAUGGUGAGGAAGAAGAUGGUGAGGAGGAGAUGGAAGAUGAAGACGCCGAUGGUGAGGAAGAAGAUGGUGAGGAGGAGAUGGAAGAUGAAGACGCCGAUGGUGAUGAUGCUUCCGAGAUGGAAGUCGAAGCUCAGCCUCAGCUCAACCCACAAGCGCGUCUGGAAGCUAAGAACGCAAGCUCGACUUUCGGUCCCCUCCUUCGCUCGAAAGGCUUCAUCUGGCUAGCUACACGUCCACUCAUGUUCGGUGAAUGGUCUCAAGCAGGCAUCAUGUUGACUCUCCAAGGUGGUGCACGCUGGCGAUGCGAGCUGGACGAAUCGAUGUGGCCCUGCGAUAAGGAAGUUGUCGAAGCGCUCAAGAAGGACUUCGAAGGUCCAUGGGGCGAUAGGAGACAGGAGAUCGUGCUCAUCGGUAAGAACAUGCGUGAUGGAGGCGAGAAGAGACUUCGCGAGGCUCUCGACAAGUGUUUGCUCACGGAUGAAGAGAUGAAGCAAUGGGAGGAGAUCAUGACAGACGAAAGCAAGGAUGUAAAGGAAAAGGAGCAAAAACUGCAAGAGAUCUGGGAAGAUGGAUUCGAGGAUUGGCCCGAUCACGAAGAUCCAGAUGCUCGUGAGGGGCAUGUUCACUGA